AGCUUCCAUAUAAACUCUGUCUUUCUUUUUUCUAUAUUCACAUUCUUACUCUGUAACCCAAUCAAACGCAAAGAACCCAAAUCCAACUAAAUCUUUUUUUUUUCUCCAAAAACACUCUUUGCAUUGCAAAUACAAACGCAAGAAAUCCUUAUAACAGAGCUCUUGAAGUUUGUUCACUUCUUUUUGUUCUUGUUAAAUAACAGAGGUUUUGUCAGAUAGUAGAUAAAUGGAUCCUGGAAAGUUUACCCACAAGACAAAUGAAGCUCUCGCUUCAGCUCAUGAGCUAGCAAUUAGUGCUGGUCAUGCCCAAUUAACCCCUCUUCACCUUGCUGUUGCUUUGAUCACUGAUCCUAAUGCAAUCUUUAGCCAAGCAAUCUCAAAUGCUGGCGGUGAAAGUGCUUCUCAAGCAGCACAAAGAGUGUUGAAUAAUGCUAUAAAAAAGCUUCCAUCUCAAUCUCCUCCUCCUGAUGAAAUCCCACCAAGUACCAGUCUUAUUAAAGUGAUAAGGCGUGCCCAAGCAUUACAAAAAUCGCGAGGGGACUCUCAUUUAGCUGUUGAUCAGCUCAUUUUAGGUCUUCUUGAGGAUUCCCAGAUAGGGGAUUUGUUGAAAGAAUCAGGGAUAGCUGCUGGGAAAGUCAAAUCAGAGGUUGAGAAACUCCGAGGCAAGGAAGGAAAGAAGGUGGAGAGUGCAACCGCAGAUACUAAUUUUCAAGCAUUGAAGACUUAUGGGAGAGAUCUCGUGGAACAAGCUGGAAAGCUUGAUCCUGUAAUUGGAAGAGAUGAAGAAAUAAGGAGGGUGGUUAGGAUUCUAUCACGAAGAACUAAGAACAACCCGGUUCUAAUUGGAGAGCCAGGAGUUGGUAAAACUGCUGUAGUAGAAGGUUUGGCUCAAAGAAUUGUGAGAGGAGAUGUGCCAAAUAAUCUUAAUGAUGUGAGGCUAAUUGCAUUGGAUAUGGGUGCUUUAGUUGCUGGAGCAAAAUAUAGAGGAGAGUUUGAAGAACGAUUGAAGGCUGUUUUGAAGGAAGUGGAAGAGGCCGAUGGGAAGGUGAUAUUGUUUAUUGAUGAAAUUCAUCUUGUUCUUGGAGCUGGUCGAACGGAGGGUUCUAUGGAUGCUGCUAACCUUUUCAAGCCAAUGCUUGCUAGAGGUCAGCUUAGGUGCAUUGGUGCAACUACAUUGGAAGAAUAUAGGAAGUAUGUAGAGAAAGAUGCUGCAUUUGAGAGAAGGUUCCAGCAAGUUUAUGUUUCUGAACCUAGUGUUGUUGACACAAUCAACAUUCUUCGUGGGUUGAAAGAGAAGUACGAGGGUCAUCAUGGUGUUAGAAUUUUAGAUCGAGCUCUUGUGGUUGCUGCGCAAUUGUCAAGUCGAUACAUUACAGGGCGUCAUCUACCUGAUAAGGCAAUCGAUUUAGUUGAUGAAGCAUGUGCAAAUGUGAGAGUGCAGCUUGAUAGUCAGCCUGAAGAAAUUGAUAAUCUGGAGAGAAAAAAAAUUCAACUAGAAGUUGAACAUCAUGCACUUGAGAAGGAGAAAGACAAAGCCAGCAAAGCUCGACUCUCUGAGGUUGUAAAAGAACUUGAUGAUUUGAGAGAUAAGCUUCAGCCUCUGAUUAUGAAAUAUAAAAAGGAGAAGGAGAGGAUUGAUGAAAUCCGUCGACUGAAGCAGAAGAGAGAGGAGAUACAAUUUGCAAUACAAGAGGCAGAAAGAAGAUAUGAUCUAGCCAGAGUUGCUGAUCUCAAAUAUGGGGCAUUGGAGGAAGUUGAUGCUGCAAUAGCACGGCUUGAAGGAAGCAGUACUGAUGAGAACCUGAUGUUAACUGAAACAGUGAAGCCUGAACAUAUUGCUGAGGUUGUGAGCCGAUGGACUGGCAUUCCUGUUACAAGGCUUGGUCAGAAUGAGAAAGAGAGGCUGAUUGGGCUCGCAGAAAGGUUGCAUCAGAGAGUGGUUGGACAGGACCAGGCAGUUUCCGCUGUGGCGGAGGCUGUGCUUAGAUCAAGAGCUGGCUUGGGAAGGCCACAGCAACCAACUGGUUCAUUCCUUUUCUUGGGUCCAACCGGUGUUGGUAAGACCGAGCUUGCUAAGGCUUUAGCUGAGCAGCUCUUUGAUGAUGAAAACCAAAUGGUGAGAAUCGAUAUGUCCGAGUACAUGGAGCAACACUCUGUCUCGCGAUUGAUUGGCGCCCCACCAGGAUAUGUGGGACACGAGGAAGGUGGACAACUGACGGAGGCUGUGAGGCGAAGGCCUUAUAGUGUUGUACUGUUUGAUGAAGUGGAGAAAGCACACUUGUCUGUGUUCAAUACCCUUCUUCAAGUUUUGGAUGAUGGAAGGCUAACCGAUGGACAAGGCCGCACAGUAGAUUUUAGGAAUACAGUUAUCAUCAUGACUUCCAACCUUGGGGCAGAGCACCUGCUGUCAGGAUUAACUGGCAAAACUUCAAUAGAAGCUGCUAGGGAUCGAGUGAUGCUGGAGGUGAGGAAGCACUUCAGGCCUGAAUUACUAAAUCGGCUGGACGAGAUUGUGGUAUUCGAUCCACUUUCUCAUGACCAAUUAAAGAAAGUUGCCAGGUUGCAAAUGAAGGAUGUAGCUCUCCGACUUGCCGAAAUGGGGAUUGCAUUGGCAGUCACUGAUGCUGCAUUGGAUUACAUACUAGCUGAGAGUUACAAUCCUGUGUAUGGUGCGCGACCGAUUAGGAGAUGGCUUGAGAAGAAGGUGGUGACACAGUUAUCAAGAAUGCUCCUAAGAGAGGAAAUUGAUGAGAACACAACUGUGUAUAUAGACGCAGCAUCAAAUCAGGACGACCUGGAUUACCGGGUGGAGAAGAAUGGCGGACUAGUUAACGCAGCAACUGGGCGGAAGGCUGAGGUGCUGAUUCAAAUACCAAGUGUUCCUAAGAGCGAUGCAGCUCAGGCAGUGAAGAAGAUGAGGAUUGAAGAAAUUGUCGACAAUGACGAAGACGAAAUGCACGAGUAAAGUAGUGGUGUGGCUGCAGGGAAGAAGCAGAGGCGCUGCUGCCUGAAAAAAGAAGUUGUUUCUGCCCUGCAUUUUCUCAUCUGUGAAGAGUUUAUAGGGUGUUUUUUUUUCCUUGCCCUUUUUGCAUGUGGUUGUACAUAGAAGCAGGCAUCUGGUUCAUGUUUGUAAAGCUCCUUUUCACUCUGAUGAAUGAAUGAUUUGCCUGUGCCCUGGAAAAACAACUCUGAAUUCUGAUGUUGCUAAUUUUGAAUAUAUUUAUCCUGCUAAAACCACUUGUGGUGUGGGCCAAUUUGAUGAA